CAAGAAUGCAAUCAGGAGGAGCAGGAGGCGACGUUGACCGCGCUCUGACCAGCAUCCGGGCGCGGGCCGACCACCUGCGCCACACAGUUGCGCGCCUGGAGCACAACUUGGCUUGGAAUCCAGCCAGCACCUGGCCGGAACUGUUGAGUCAGUACAUGGUGAUCUCCAAGCAGUUAGAGAACAUGAACGAGGAAAUUCCCGACUUGGUGCAACACUUUGCGUGUGUGCCGAGAAUGUCGACGCCCAACCCAGCGGACAUCCCGCUGUUGUUGCGUACUCGCGAGGACCCAGAGAUGGAGGAGGAAGAUCGACAGCUCAUGGUCGAUAAACCGCGGGCUAAAAACACGGAAGCGUUGCAGAAGCUUGUGAUGGCGCAUAACGACGCAGUAGAAAGUCUGGAAGAGACGUUCAACGAGAUGUCGGACGGCCUGCUGAAGGCCAUCCGAGUGAACAAGUACGUCGUCAAGUCCAAGCCGCAGAGUACACAGACCCAACAGUUCAAAUACAUCGAAUCCGGCACGUACGAGUAAAGAAAUGGCCUUGUAGACAACGAG